GCCUCUGACCCUUUCAAUCUAAGUGAAUUAUUAGAUGAAUUAUCAAGUAAACAGAAAGAGGAACUAUGGCAACGACUCAAGAAUUUAUUAACAGAUGUGUUGUUAGAAAGCCCAGUGGAUGAGUGGCAGAUAGUAAAAAUCAAAACUGAAGAUGACAUGGAAAUAGAACAUGAUUCAAAAAUGAAGAAAAACAUAGAAAUAAUUAAUGCAGUUACAUCUGUGAUGGUUAUGUGUGUAUCUCUAAUAAAUGGGAGUGAGAAGUAUGACGCCUUGCUGGAGUGUGCCACCAUACUAAAUGGAAUUUUAUAUGCAUUACCUGCAUCUGAACGAAAAAUGCAUAAUUCCAUUCAGGAUCUUUGUGUUUCUUGGUGGGAGAAAGGCCUGUCUGCCAAAGAAGAGAUGGGAAAAACAGCAUUUAUCAUGUUAUUAAGGAAGAGUCUUGAGACUAAAACAGGUGCAGAUAUAUGUCGCCUUUGGCGUAUUCAUAGAGCUUUAUAUUGCUUUGAUUUUGAUUUGGAAGAAAGUAUAGACGUUAAAGAUAUGCUACUUCAGUGCUUCAUAAAUGUUAAUUAUAUCAAGAAAGAAGAGGGAAGAAGAUUUCUUAGUUCUCUCUUUAACUGGAAUAAAAACUUUAUUAAAAUGAUCCAUGGGACCAUUAAAAACCAGUUACAGGGAUUACCAAAAUCUUUGAUGGUAUACAUUGCAGAAAUCUAUUUUAGAGCUUGGAGAAAGGCUUCUGGGGACAUAUUGGAGGCAAUUGAGAAUGAUUGCAUUCAAGACUUCAUGUAUCAUGGAAUUAAUCUCCAAAGAAAGUCUCCAGUCCACUCAAAAGUACGGGAGGUGCUGAGUUAUUUUCAUCAUCAAAAGCAAGUUCGACAGGGAGUAGAAGAGAUGCUUUAUAGAUUGUAUAAACCCAUCCUUUGGAGAGGAUUAAAGGCCAGAAACUCUGAAGUUCGAUCAAAUGCUGCUCUCUUGUUUGUUGAAGCAUUUCCUAUUAGAGAUCCAAACUUUAAUACUAUUGAAAUGGAUAAUGAAAUCCAGAAACAGUUUGAAGAACUAUACGGCCUUUUAGAAGAUCCUUAUCCGCUGGUCCGUUCCACAGGAAUUCUUGGUGUUUAUAAAAUAACUUCUAACUACUGGGAACUGAUGCCUCCAAUCAUUCUUAUUGAUCUUUUAAAGAAAGUAACUGGGGAACUAGCUUUUGAUACAAGCUCAGCUGAUGUUCGUUGUUCUGUCUUUAAGUGCCUGCCAAUCCUUUUGGAUAAUAAGCUAAGUCACCCAUUAUUAGAACAGCUUUUGCCCACACUAAAAUACAGUCUCCAUGACAAUUCUGAGAAAGUGAGAGUGGCCUUUGUUGAUAUGCUGCUGAAAGUUAAAGCUGUGAGAGCUGCUAAGUUUUGGAAUAUAUGUCCUAUGGAAUAUAUUUUGGUUCGUCUGGAAAUGGAUUCUCGACCUGUUGUCCGGCGCUUGGUCAGCCUCAUCUUCAAUUCUUUCCUGCCUGUUAAUCAGCCCGAGGAAGUGUGGUGUGAGCGCUGUGUCACCCUGAUCCAGAUGAACCACGCUGCCGCCAGGAGGUUUUAUCAGUACGCCCAUGAACACACUGCGUGCACUAACAUAGCAAAGCUGAUUCAUGUUAUUCGUCGUUGCUUAAACGCGUGCAUCCAUAAAGCAGUAAGAGAGCAUCAAGAAGAGGAUGAAGAACGGGAAAAGGAGAACGUGAGUGUUCUAGACCAAACAUUGUCAGUAAACGAUGUUGCAUCCAUGUCAGGUUUGUUAGAAAUCAUUGUCAUUCUCUGGAAAAGUAUUGCUAGAAGUUUGGAAAAAAAUAAAGAAGCCAAAGUUUACACCAUUAACAAGUUUGCUGCUGCACUUCCACAGUAUCUUAAAGUAUUUACGGAUGAUCGCUGUAAAACUCCUUUAUUUAUAUUAAUGUCCUUUGUACCAGCCUCUGCUGUCCUUCCCUUCAGCUGCAGUGUCAUCUCCACAUUAAGAAGUCAAGAAGAAGGAGCUGUAGAUAAGAACUAUUGUACUUUGUUAGAUUGCCUCUGUUCCUGGGGACAAGUGGGACAUAUUCUGGAGCUCUUUUCUGAUUGGUUGCCUGAGGAACAGCCUCCAAGCAAGAGUAAUUCAGCAUCUAAACGAAAAGUUCAAAUUCAUGAUACACGCCCCAUAAAGCCUCACUUAGCUUUGAUUUACUUGGAGUAUUUGCUGACCCAUCCAAAGAAUCGGGAAUGCCUGCUCUCUGCUCCACGAAAGAAACUGAACCUUCUUUUAAAAGCACUUGACACAUCAAAGGCGGAUCUAGAAUCAAUUUUACAGUCAUCAGGUGAGAAACCUCAUCAUUUCAAUCAAGCCACAGCCCUCCAAGCCUUUAGUCUCCAUUGUCGAUUUAGUAUUCAUCUUCAGUACAAGUUUUCUUCAGAAGAAAAUAUUUAUCUAUCUAUUUUGGAAGAUGCUGGAUUUUGGUUAGAAAACAAAAUUUUACCUUUUAUUCAAGAUCAAGAAGAAGAAUAUUUGAAGCUCCAUAGAGUUAUUUAUCAGCAAGUCAUUCAGACCUAUCUCACUGUGGGCAAAGAUGUUGUGAUGGUUGGCCUUGGUGACUAUAAAUUUCAGAUACAACUUUUAAAGCGAAGUCUUAGAAUUAUGCAAACAGUGAAGGGAUUUUUUUAUAUGUCAUUACUUCUUGGCAUUCUGAAAGAGAUAACGAGAAAUCUCUUACUUCAGAAAUCAGAUUCAAAUGAAGAGGUUGUAACACUAUUUGACACAAUCCAGAAAGUUUUUCAGAACAUGUUGGAAUGUAUUGCACGGUGCUUCAAAAAGCAACCAGAAGAAGGCCUACGGCUACUUUAUUCUGUGCAGACACCUCUGCAUGACUUUAUAGCUACCAUUCAGACUUGGCAUGCCGGAACAUCCAUUCACCGAGGAGUGCUUUCUACUCUGAUUGCUGCACCAGUGAUGGAGAUAAGUUACCAAUUACGAAAGGUUUCUGAUAUAGAAGAGCUUACCCCACCAGAGUGCCUUGCAGAUCUUCCACCAUUUUCAAGAUGUUUAAUAGGAAUAAUAAUGAAGACUUCUGAUGUGGUCAGGUCCUUUUUAGAUGAGCUAAAGACGUGUGUUAUUUCAGAUGAGAUUGAAGGCAUUGUGUGUCUCACAGCUGUUAUGCAUAUUAUUUUGGCUAUUAAUAAAGGUAAACAAAAAAUCUCAACAGUGAAGGAAGUUGGAUUAAUUAUUCAAGGAAAACUGAAGACAUUCAUGGAGAUAAGUUUUCAAGAGGAUAGCAUUGAAAGGUAUCUCUGUGAAUCAUCUUUAAAAACACUGAGUGAAUUUUUGAAUUAA